AUGAGCCACAUUCAGAUCCCAUCAGGGCUCACGGAGCUGCUGCAGGGCUAUACGGUGGAGGUGCUGCGGCAGCAGCCGUCCGACCUUGUCGACUUCGCGGUAGACUACUUCACCCGCCUGCGUGAGGCCCGCCGCCUGGCCGCCGUCCCGCUCGCCGCCGCCCCUACUCGCGUUUCCUACGGGCCAGAACCCAGCCCCGAACCCGAGCCCGUCGCCGACGCGGAAGAUGAAUCAGAGGACGAAGAGGACUUAGAAGUUCCAGCUCCUACCAGAUUUAAUAGGCGAGUAUCAGUCUGUGCUGAAUCCUACAACCCUGAUGAGGAAGAGGAAGACACUGAUCCAAGGGUGAUUCAUCCCAAAACUGAUGAACAGAGAUGCAGACUUCAGGAAGCUUGCAAAGAUAUUCUCCUUUUCAAAAAUCUUGAUCAGGAACAGCUUUCUCAAGUGCUCGAUGCCAUGUUUGAAAGGUCAGUGAAAGUUGAUGAGCAUGUCAUUGACCAAGGAGAUGAUGGAGACAACUUCUAUGUCAUAGAACGGGGAACCUAUGACAUUUUAGUUACAAAAGAUAAUAAAACUCGCUCUGUUGGUCAGUAUGACAACCAUGGAAGUUUUGGAGAACUAGCUCUGAUGUACAAUACCCCGAGAGCUGCUACCAUUGUUGCCACCUCAGAAGGCUCCCUUUGGGGACUGGAUCGAGUGACUUUUAGAAGAAUCAUAGUGAAAAACAAUGCAAAAAAGAGGAAGAUGUUUGAAUCAUUUAUUGAAUCUGUACCGCUCCUUAAAUCACUGGAGGUGUCAGAACGAAUGAAGAUCGUGGAUGUAAUAGGAGAGAAGAUCUAUAAGGAUGGAGAGCGCAUCAUCACUCAGGGUGAAAAGGCUGAUAGCUUUUACAUCAUAGAGUCUGGUGAAGUGAGCAUCUUGAUUAAGAGUAAGACUAAAGCAAACAAGGAUGGGGGGAACCAGGAGGUUGAGAUUGCCCGCUGUCAUAAGGGGCAAUACUUUGGAGAGCUUGCACUGGUCACCAACAAACCCAGAGCUGCUUCAGCUUAUGCAAUGGGAGAUGUCAAAUGCUUAGUUAUGGAUGUACAAGCAUUUGAGAGACUGCUGGGGCCCUGCAUGGACAUCAUGAAGAGAAAUAUCUCACACUAUGAAGAACAGCUGGUGAAGAUGUUUGGCUCCAGCAUGGAUCUGAAUGACCCUUCAGAGUAGGUGUGCCACACCCCAGAGCCUUCUCAGUGUGACACCAAAACCCUCCGGUCAGCCACAGAACAUACUCGGAAAACAAACACAACAGAAUUGUUCCUGCUGUUGCCGCCACUGCUGUCUUGCUGUGGCCAUGGGCAUUUAGAAGACUUGAAAGUCAGCACUAAAGAAUGAGCAGAGGUCCAAACCACACCUCCACUUUGCUUCUGAAAGUCCAUUAUUAGACUCUUUGUAAUGAUUACUCUAGCCCUGUUUUCAUAUCUUUGGUUCAGAAUGGCAUGUCUCUCCAACAAUUUAAGUGCCUGAUACAAAGUCCAAAGUGUAAACAUCCUCCUUUCCCUCUCUUGCUGCUGCUAUUGCUUUUGGAAGUUACCACAAGGUCUGCAGAAACCUGUGGUACAACUGUAGACACCCUCCCUCAACCUUUCUCAAGGGAGGAAGUGUUAGUAGCCUUGGAUCUCUUCAUUUGUCCUUUGAGAAAGUCCACAUUUUUUCACAAUUACACCCUUUGCUUUUAUAGUAGAAAAUGGUGGCAGAUGUGAUGGAGGCCUGUGGACUUAUGGCUUUGUGCUUUCUGCUGUGUGUAGCUGAUCUCCAAAAAUGAUAACGCCAAACCCACAGUGUUGCUUAGGGAAAAGCCCUGGCCAGGGCCCGGCAGAUCAACACCCUAGAGGAAACUGAUCUAUCAAUGGGAUCCACAUAACAGCAGAAAAUUUGGGUUUGGCAUAUUUUACAGGUAGCAGAGAGCCAGGAAAGGUUUUCUUAAUUGAGUAUUCAUUUUUUAAGUGAAUUUUGUUUUCCUUUUUUUUUAAAAAAAAAAAAAGCCUCUGUGCAGUUUGCAUGAGUUAAUUGCUGUCCAUUUAUAAAGAGCCAGGGUCUGGUGGUGCCAUCACUUUGCUUGACCCCUGUGCUUUCCUGGACAAGUCCUACCAUCUUGUUUCCAGUGGCC